CACACUUCAUUCAGCAAAGAAAAUGUUUCACUAAAGGAGCAUUGAGAGACAGGACUGUAGGAUUGUAUUUGGAAUUGCCUUUAACCACGGCAUUAAUAUUUGAGAGAAUCUUCAGAAUUGCUAUUCAUCUAGAUUCUUUUUAAACUUGCCAAAUCUGUCACAAGGGUGUCAGGCAUUUCAAACUUUCUUCGGCAAAGCCAUAGACCCUGGUAUUCCGAAGUAGCUGCACUUUACAAAAGUCUAGAGCUCCACAAUCUAGUGACAAAAGGUUAUUGGGAGACUAACAGACUAUGUUCGUCUUUUUUCUAGAGUAGCUCUUUAUCAUUCUGCCUUGAAAUUAUGUUUAAGAAACAGUGAGCUCUGCAAUUAGGCAAAAGUGACAGAGAUUAUGGUAGUAUCAUCUCUCCUAAUAGUCAUACUCUGUGCUGUGUUGCCAUCUCCCAGUCUUUGUCUCGACUGGAAAUGUUUGGAUGGUUACCGUUUAGCUGAUGAUAACUUCACAUGUGUUGACAUCGAUGAAUGUUUUGAUGGAGGGCUUGGAACUUGUGGUCAGAUCUGCACAAACUUGCCAGGUUCAUACACCUGCUCCUGCCUAGCUGGUUACGCAUUAGAGGACAAUAAAUGGUCUUGUCAUCCAGAAUCUCCUUCACCUUACCUGAUCUUCAGCCACGGUAAUGCAAUAUAUAGGAUUGACAGAGAGGGAACGAACCACCAGAGGAUUGUGACAAAUUGCGGGCUAUCAGUUCUCCUGGAUUUUCACUAUAGGAAUGAAAAGAUCUACUGGGCAGAUACAGAGAGUGGACUUCUACAACAGGCCUUUAUAAAUGGCACAAACAGAAAGACUGUGCGGACUGUGGGGAAAGGUCUUUUUGGCUUUGCUGUGGAUUGGUUACACAACACCAUCAUUUGGACCAGUCAAGAGAAAGGGACCAUUGAAAUGUCAAACUUACAUGGAGAUAAUUCCAAGAUCCUGCUAAAAGAUCUGACUUUUCCCACGGUCAUAACAGUGGAUCCGGAGAAAGGGUAUAUGUUUUGGGCGUCAGAAGGUUCUGUUCCAAGUAUUCAUCGUGCCGAUCUGAAUGGCACCAGACCCAUCUCCAUUGUCAAGCCAAUAACGAAAGUGAAGAUUUUAACACUGGAUCUCAUCGACAAGCGGCUCUUCUGGUUUCAAAGUGAGGCUGGGGACAUGUCAAGCAGCAUUAGGUCAUGUGACUACAUUGGAGGCUCAGUUCAGGUCAUCAAGCAAGCAGGAGACUGCUGGCCAUUCGGACUGUCUCUGUUUGCUGAACAUGUUUACUACUCUGACUGGAAGACCAGCACUAUCCGGCAAAUAAACAAGUACACUGGGAAGGACGUGGUUGUCAUCAGCCCUACACGGUCUUUCCUGCCUCCAGCUGAUCUCAAAGUCGUGCACCCAUUCUGUCAGCCAGCAAGUGAAUCAGCCACACGGUUAUCAGAAAAUGAAGCUGGAAGUAUUUGCAAGGAAAGCCUCAAUGGAAAUUGCUACAAGUGUAAAGCUGGCUAUGUUCUCAGUGUUGGUGGGAAAUCGUGCAAAGAUGUCAAUGAAUGUGCUUUUUGGAACCAUGGCUGCACAUUGGGCUGUGAAAAUGUCCCAGGCUCUUAUGUUUGCUUCUGUCCAAAAGGGUUCGUAUUGCAGCCCGAUAUGAAAACAUGCCAGGAUAUUACUCCAUGUUUGGAAAAUUACACCGAAUGCAGCCAUGACUGCAUUCAGGCAUCUCAGGGGCCAAUCUGCGUCUGUCCACCAGGAUCUGUUUUACGACCUGAUGGGAAAACAUGUUCAGGUUGCAGCACACCAGAUAAUGGUGGCUGUAGCCAGAUUUGUGUACCGCAAGGUCCAGUGUCUUGGAAAUGUGAAUGUCUACCUGGUUACAGUCUGCAGCUUGAUGGACUGCACUGCCGUGCUUCAGGUCCCAGACCAUUCCUGUUAUUUGCAAACAGUCACGAUAUACGGCGCAUAAACUUUGACGGAACAGAUUAUCAUAUUGUUCUGGAAGGACAGAUGGGAAGAGUCUUAGCAUUUGAUUAUGAUCCAGUUCAAAGUAAGAUUUAUUUCGCUCACAUGGGCCUGAAACAGAUCGAAGUAGUUAAUCUGGAUGGUUCUGAGCGUGAGAAAUUCAUUAGCAAGGAUGUGGAUUCACCUGAAGGACUAGCUGUGGACUGGAUUAACCGCAAAUUAUACUGGAUUGACAGAAGGUUGUCCCACAUUGCGAGGUGUGGGCUCAACGGUGUGCACAUAGAGGUGAUUGUCCGUGAAGGUGUCAAUAAGCCAAGAGGAAUCGCUGUCCAUCCGUUGGUUAAGAAGCUAUUCUGGACAGCUUGUGGAAAUGAACCUAGCAUAGAAAGUUCUACCCUAGAAGGUGAUGAGCGAAUGGUUAUUAUCAGAGAUAAUCUUGUUUGGCCCAGUGGAAUAACCAUAGACUAUAUAUCUGACAAGCUGUACUGGUGUGAUGCCAAACGCUCUGUUAUUGAGAUGUCAGAUCUACUUGGAUACAACCGGCAGAUUCUUGCACAGAAUGAAGUAGGACGCCCAUUUGAUGUAGCAGUAUUUGAAGAUCAUGUGUGGUUUACAGACUGGAGUAAGCCUUCUGUACUGAGAAUGGAUAAGUGGACUAGUCAGAACAGAGUGAGACUGCAAGGUGGCAUGCGGCGACCUUCGUCUCUUUUUGUUGUUCAUCCAAUAGCCAGACCAGGUGCUGAUCCUUGCCUGUAUAAGAACGGUGGAUGUAGCCAGGUCUGUGAGAAUAGAUUGGGAGUUGCCCAAUGUUUAUGCCAUGAUGGUUUCCAGAAAGCAGCAGAUGGAAAAUCGUGUCAACUUGCAAACAUUUCAACAACUAUACACCCCAGAAUUACAUCUGCUGCCAAGGUGAACUUGUUCUCAACCCCUGUGUUAGAAGAUGAGAAUCUGUCCCAGUCUGAAGGCCACUCUUCCACUACCCGUUUCAAUAAAGAUAAGAUUACUCCUGAACUCCAGCCAAGACCCACACUUGUGGCAGAGAUAAUGAUAUCAGAUCAAGAUGACUGUGAAGUCUUGGAAUGUGAUCUCAAUGCUCAGUGUAUAGUAUCAGAAGGAAUUGCGAGAUGCCAGUGUUCGGAAGGAUUUACUGGGCAAGGCAACAUCUGCAAUGAUAUUGAUGAAUGCAAAACUGGGGUGCACAAUUGUGAUGAAAAUGCUUUCUGCACGAAUACAAAUGGAAAUUACAGCUGUACGUGUUACAAAGGAUUUAUUGGCACAGGAUAUCAUUGUUUGCGUACAAUCAGCUCUGCGGCACCCACUGAAAGUUUGACAGAAGCAACUGCCAGGAGCAUCAUAUCAGAGAUACCGACACACAAACUGGAGAAUCAAAUGGUGAACUGCCCAUAUUCACACGAAGACUUCUGUCUGAAUGGAGGAAUUUGCUUCCUUAUCACCGAGAUAACAUCAAUUUCAUGCAACUGUCCUAAAGGUUAUGUGGGGGAGCGGUGUGAGUACAGUGACUUACAAUGGUGGGAACUGCACCAAUUUGAGGAAGAGAAGAGGCGUAAUGUGGUUAUUGCCGCAUGCAUGAUGGUGUUAAUCUGCUUGUUGUCAGUGGGAGCUUGUGUUUCGUACCGCAUUGGAUUCCAGAAGCAUUUCAAGAAGAGCCAUUAUCAGGAAGAAAUGAGUCAAACAAGCUGCAGUAGCAUUGACAAUGUAACCGAAACUUCAACAAACAAUGAACAGCAGUCUUUCACAGGAGUGGAAUCUAAUUGGAAGCUUGGAGACACAAGUAUUGUCCACAUUAUCAGAGUUGAAACUCAGGACCAUGCUGCAGAAUCAGUACAAUGUGGAAUGCUUGCAGUGUGUCACGAUGGAGCUGGUUGUCAUUUAAAGAAGAUGAAAGGUCAAUGUCUUCACCAACAAUUGCCAUACAAUCACAUGAAAAAGUCAGCAACGUAUCCUAUGCACACCUCUACUGGAUCCUCGUUAUCACAAGAAGCCAGCCUUAUUAUCUCGGCAACCACCGGGAUGACUUCACAGAACCAUGAACCAAGGACACUCAUUUAAGCAGAAUCCAUUAGGAUGGAGAGUCUUCAUGAAGACAAUGAAUAAGAUUGCUGAUUAUAUUCAUUUAUGUAAAUUAAAUCCUUGGGAUAUCACCUUUGGGAGUCAUCCUGCUACAGAUAAUUUCCUUCAUUUGCUGGUCAGUUCAUAAACUAGUCUUCUCAUCAGUUUUGCAAUUUUUAAGGUUAAGUGCAUUUAUUCCAGCAGAUUGCCAGUACUGUUGACAAUAAUGCUCACUGUUCUCCUAGUGAAUGUUCAUGAUUAGUAAUUCAAUUGUUCCUGGGACAAAGUGGGUGAAAGUAUAGGCAGAACAAGGAGAUUGUUCGCGGUGUUGAAGAACAAUGGGACUGGAAACAUACGCAAAUACUGGUGGACACAUUCACCAGGACCAGAAUCAGAAUCAACUUUAAUAUCACCGGCAUAUGUCAUGUAAUCUGUUGUCUUUGCCGCAGCAGUACAAUGCAAUACAUAAUAAUAGAGAAAAAACCUGUGUAUUGCAGUAAGUAUAUAAAUAUAUAUAUAUUAAAUAGUAAAAUUAAAUAAAUAGUGCAAUAAUAAAAAUGUUUUAAAAAGUAGUGAGUUAGUGUUCAUGGGUUCAAUAUCCGAAAUUCAGAAAUCAGAUGGCAGCAUUUGUAGAGAAACAGCAGAUUUCAUGUAUCAGGUCAAAAGCCCCGUCAGAAUAGGAUGAGAGAAGAAUUACAGGUUGUAAAAGGUACUUGCAAAUACUGCUACCUCAAAGAAAUAUCAUCCAUUGCUAUUCAAAUGGUGUAUAGAGUGAAAUGAUAGCUAGAUAUAUGGAAGUAAAUUUUCACCUCGACUGUCCAUUGUGGAGAUCUUCGCAUUUUCAUUUCAGUAAUUUGAAGGGAGUGGUAACUGGAUUGACUACAUAAAGACAGAUUCCUUGUGUCCACUGGUGAAGACAAACUAUUUCUCCGGCUAUUAGUGAAAAUACAUUACUAAUUUUUGGUUUCAGUGAAAAAUUCUUGGUCGAAUUCAAAGAUGUGAUCAGCCUGUUUCCAUAGUUCAUGAGUUGAACAAUGACUUGUUACGAUUGUAUUGCUUGGUUAUAAAAAUGCAGUUUGUAGAUGUAGCACAAGCAGUGUAGCACAUCAGGUCCGGUUUCACUGCAAGCAGCAUUUUCAUAUUGUGUUGUUUAUCUUGCUGAAUUUAACCACCAUCUUUGUCACUCUGCAGUCAAGGAUAGACAGACAAGAUAGAAGCUCAAGUCCAGAGCUGCAGUGUGACACAAAAACAGUUAAUUUUUAAUAUUAAUCACAUUUUUAAAGUUAUAAAUGAAACAUCUUGGAGGAGAGUGUGCUUAGGAAUAAGAUGGCUAGACAUCAAAGUUCUUUCCUGACCUGAAUACUCUUAUUUUCUCUCAGUACCACUUGUUGAAAGGUAAUGCUACCUGUCAAACAAGUUUAAUCCUUUAUUAUACAUUGAAGAGCCCUUCCAUUGUUUGGACUUCAAACUUGGUCUAUGGUGAAACAGCUGAUGGUAGCCAGUACACAAAUUGCCUGCAUCACUUUGGAGAGUGGAGAAUAAAAUGAGACAGAUUCCUGACUGUGGCCAGGGCUUCAGUCCAAAUCUCCAUCCAGGUCCAAUUAUUCCAGUUGCCCUGCCAGAUCCUGUCACUCUUCCACAUUUUCCUUUUUUCGACUAUUAGAGAUUGUUCCCUGGUUGACAUGAAGUAUAUUACAGUUUAUUAAUAAUGUUUAUCUGAUCCCAGGUAUGUAAGUGGUUGCAUGUAAAGGGUAGCUGUCUUGUUUUGCCACACCUCUAUUAGUAGAUCAGUAUCAUAGGGAAAUACAGCCCUCAUGGUGUCAUGAAGUACCAUAUGUACACAAUAGUUUUACAGGAAUGUCUAGUUCUUGAAAGAGAUUAUUGUGUGGCAAUAAAAAUAGCCAUUAGAUGUUAGGACUUAUGCCAGAAGCAUUAACUUGUUCUGUCAUUACCAUGAAUUAACAAAACUGAUCUUUAGUUCUAAUCAUAAGGUGUAAUUGGACUAGCUGCAGGUAUAGUUGAUCUGAAAGAGUUUAUGUAUGAGAAUAAAGUUGGCAAAGAUAUCUUGAAUUAAUGAUAAGCUACCAUGUCUUCUUGUCCUAGUGCUUUGUAUAUUUAUGUUCAAGUAAACAGUUAAAUGGAAAAGAAAUACUUUUCUGGCAUUUUAUAGUAUAGUUUUUUAUUUGAUUUCAACAAGCACUCUCUCUUUUAUAUAUAAAAAAAAUUGGUUUUAAGAUAUUGCUGCCAAAGAAGAAAAGAUUGAAGUAGGAUAGUGCACAAAACAUAAAUGCAGUGGGUGUUUAUUUUUCAUACAUAGAUGUUUUACUUAUUUUCCAUUGCUGCCUGGAUUUUUGAUAGUCAAAGCACCCAUUGGAGUACAGUGCAUGUUCUGGAUGCCACAUCAUGAGGAAGAUGACACCCAGGAGAGGGUGCAGAAGUGGUUCACUAGAGUGUUGUCUGAGUUGGUGUGCUUCUAUUGUAUGGAAAGACUGAUUAGGUUAAGUUUCUUUUCUCUGGAGGAGUUUAGACCGGAUGAGGUCUUGACUGAGGUAUACAAAAUUAUGAAGGAAAUAGAUAUGGUGGACAGUAAGGAAUAUUUCCCCAGAGGACAUAGAUUUAAAGUUAGAGAUAAAUGAUAGAUUUAAAAGAGAUUUUGUAAUGUAUGGAUAUAUUUCUUUUAGAGCAAUGACUCCCCUUAGCACUAUGUAUGGACUGUUGUCUAUGCAUUCAUCUUGUUCUCUCUGUCUGUCUGUCUCUCUCUCUGUCUCACUGCAACGUGAAUACACCAGUUAAAGCCAUCUCCUGCAUGCGUGCUUUUAUUUAAUUUGGUGUAUCUGUGCAACAAGUAUGAAUCACCAUGGCAUAGAAGGUUGCAGGUUAAGUACUGAAAACUGGGAUUAGUAAAUAAUACUGGCAUGAACUUGGCAGCCAAAGAGCCUUUUUCUCAGUUGUAUGAUGAUGUGACACCACAGAGCACAGAACUUUGAUGUAAAACUCCUCAGUGAAGGCACAUUUAGACGUUACGUCACUAAUCCACUAAGUACAGAUUGUAACUUAUUUUCCUUCUUUUAAUACUAUAUUUAUUACCAUGUUAAAAAUCCAA